UAGCCAUCAUCCACGGUACCUAUUUGUAGAAAAACCUUUGAUGCAAUAGACGUACAUCGCCGUGUUUCCCGGUUCGGGAUUGUGGGGCGCAAUUGGCCGCAUAGCUAGUAAACACAUCAAGAUUGUGACUGGGACUCGCUCGGCGAAAAACCGUCCCAAAAUUCGUAACUCCAAAGACGAAGAAGAAAGUAUGAAUACGACCGAAAAUGAAAGUGAUCAAGAGGAAAUGGAUACAAAAGAAGGUAUGCUUUCGAUAGUGGUAAUUUGUGGCCACUGUUUAGUUAAAGACUAAUAUAAAGUUUCAAGUGUACGUGUUAAAUGAAACGAAGAGAUCUGGACCGGAUUUGAUGUUUGCACACGUUUCCCGGUAGAUGCUGUUGACGAUUCUUCAGUACCAAAUGGAGUUUCUUCCCCCAGUGAACCUCAAGACGUAAUAAUGGAGGAGGAUACAGCAAGACCUGAAGGAAUUAUUCGUUUCACUGUGCUCAAUUUUAGCAAACUUGACAAAACUACCUUGAGUGAUCCUAUAUACGUGAGGAAUUUACCAUGGUAAGGAAACCAAAUUGAUACAUUUUCGUUUGUUGUGAUGAUUUGUCAUUGUUUACAGUUAGACAUGUAACAUACUGGACUUGAAGACAAGUUUUCUUAAAUUGAGUGGUUCUUAACUCGCAGCAUCUGAUACUAAGAGCUCUAUGUUAUAAAUGAAUUAUUAAUGCUGCAAUAAGCGUAGUGCUAAUCUGAUUAGCUUCUGUCCAUGAGAGAUCAGUGUCAUAAGAUUGUGCAUCCUCUUGCUUUUAUUUUAAUUCGUUUUUGGAUGUAAGUAAUGUACUUAAACACUUGCCAGAGAAAAGGAUUAGAGAAUAACACUUGACUUAACUACCUAGAUUACCUAGAAGAAAAACUGUUAGAAUGCCUAAUUUUCAGCUCGGACAUACAUCUGUAAAUGCCACCAUGUCCAAUUGUUGGAAAGAUUAAUGAAAUUUUACCUACUAUUGUUUUUAAGGAGGAAUUUGUGUUCGUUUCGUGACUUUUUAGACAUUAAUGCAGUCCGAAAUAAUGGCUUUCGUUACUUUUAGUCGACUGUCAUUCUAUAGAGGAAAACAAAAUGACGAGUUUAAUUUAAUGUUAGGAAAAAAAGAAAUGUCGUAUAUUCAACAACAAAGAAUGAAAAAAGUGCAAGUAUUGGUCAUUUCUGGAUGCAUCUUUUAGCCAAUUUAUCAUAGAUUCAAGACAGAAUGAUACAGAAAUUAACUAAGACGGAUAAAAGUUUUUUCUUAUUCUACAUUCGACAUCUAGCUUAUAUAUCAACCCUCCAAGUUAAAGUUUUUGCUUGGUCGCCAUUUGGCAACCAACUCUUUUGGUUUAGGGAGACUUUUUUACAAAUCAAGUUGCCAGCUGCAUAGUUUUAGGAACCAUGGCAACUAAAAUGGUUGCAACUUGGAGGGUUGAUAUAUUACAGGUCAAAAUUUAAUUCAGGUUAAAAUUUUUUAACCCAGCAGGGGUGAAAAUAACGGCCGGUCAACGGACAAUGUCUGGCCUGAUUGUGGACUUGAUCAGUCAAACUCUUGUCUUGCCGGUCAUUUUGACCGGUCAGUUUUGGAUACAAACAUGUUAUUUUCCAUACAGUUGUCGCUUAAUGUUCUACAAUGCUGUAAUGAUUUCUUUUUUCUUUGGCUUUUUUGCUGCUUUAAAGAACGCUGCCAUAAAUUUCAUGUGGUCAUGUCGUACUGAAAAGCAACAAAGCAAAACAGCAACAAACUGAGUUGUGGAGUAACACAAUGAUGCAGGUGGUACGGGCUUUACUUUCUGUUUGCUUUAAUCAGUUAUGUGACCUUCUGUGAGAGAACAUACACUAAAGAUAAUCCGUUAUCCGUUAGAAAACUAAAGGAUAGCUAAUGAUUUGCCGAAAAGCACUGACGGUGAGCCCAAAUGCUAGUGCUCUUACGUACGGUUUGUCCAAUGCUCUGACGAUUUUAAUGCUCAAACGGACUGUUCUUAUGAUCUAAUGGUUAAUUUCGCUGAACAGCUAAUGCCUAAUGUUUGACUUUUACUUGUAAGAACAUUGUGAAAAUCGCCUGCUGUCCAGUGAUAUAUUCGACGGAAUUCGGGCAAAUCGAUCACAAUUCUUAACAGGUCAUCCUGUGUUUCUUUGGGAAUAAAUGUUGGUGCAUGGAUUAAUAAUAAUUUCUUUAUGUCAAACAUGGCUCUCGUUUGCGGACUCAAUUCCAGAAUAGUCUGUUAAAAUUUUAGCUAAUGGAGAAUGAAUGUCUUCUAUCUUGGCGCUUAAUUUUCCUUCUUCAGGGCUUCUGAUAUUUCGCAUGGUCGCGGACCCGUGAAAUUCAGGUAUUUCCGCAAAAUCCCACGAAAUUCCCCAAAAAACGCGAAAUUCCGCCAAAUCCGCCAGAAAUAUUUCCAAAUACAUGUCGGCAAAACAUAUUUAAUACUUAUCUUGGCUUUUAGACCUGUUUUAUUCACCCCAAACAUCCAAAUUUAUCUUGAAACUUCGUCACUGCAACAAGUAAACAACGUCCCAAAACUACCAGGCGUUCUUAGAUUAAUGUUGCAAAAAACUGGGCACUAACCAUAAUGAUAAUAGCUUUAGCAUUCGCUCAUUUCUCGAGCGAACUGUUGUUGAAAUAGCAAAUGAUUAUCCCUGUUAAAAAAGUGUUAAACAACGCUGCUCAUAUCGACGCAAAAUUGAUCGAUUUUAGCGAAAUCUGCCAAAAAAAAUCCAGCGAAAUCGGCUGUUUUUUACUGAUUGUUUCUCGGCGAAGUUUCCCCCCCCGAAAUUUCCCGUGAAAUUGGCCUAUUUUUCUAAGAACUUGCCCCUGAAAAUCCUUCAAAAUUUGACUUUUUUCUGCUAAAAUCCCGCGAAAUCGGCCAAUUUAUCUGCAAAUUUUGACUUUCUCCCGCAAAUAUCCGGCAAAAAUGGCCGAUUUUUCCGCGAAUUUUGACUUUUUUCCCGCGAAAAUCCCGUGAAAUCGGCCAAUUUUUCCGCGAAAUUGCCCUUGAAAAUCCCGCAAAAUUUUUCUUUUUUUUCCACGAAAUAUCAGUAGCCCUACUUCUUGUAAACAGCUUUAUGCAAAUUUCUGUUAACAUUUGAGGCUUCGUGAUAAAGUGUUGUGCGAUGACCCAAAUGAAAGCUCUAUUGUAUAUUUAUUCACUUCUGAUAAUAAACACACUGUCUGUGUAACAGACUUCUCACCAAAUCAACUUCAGUCUUUGCCAAAAAUAUUAGUGUCGUUUCUUCUUUGUGGAGGAGACUUUUGAUCAUGUGCUAGUCAACGAAAAAGAUCAACUUUCACUGAUGUUCAUUUCUGAACAUCACUGCAGAACAUCAAUUUUUUUUUCAUAAUUCCUAAAGUUUGUUUGAUGGUAUGUGUAUUCUAUUUCCAAAACCUUGAGAGUUUGAAAAGAGUUUACCCUUUACAUUUACCUUUAGAAACUUCAGACACUGCCAUACGAUUAUACUUAAGGUAGAACGGACAUAAAAAUGUGCGAAAACUGAGGAAGGGAACUCUACAAUGUGUGAAUGCAUUUUCACCAACUUUCCACCAAAAACCUGACAGUCAAUGUAGUAAUAACGAUCUAUUGCCGGCUAAUUCGAUACUCCUUAGGCAAAAAAUAUCACAGUAUUCAUUAUUUGACUGGCUAGAAUUGGGGUUUGUCCGGGCUAAAAAAUAUUUGGCCGGUCAUCAUGACUGGCGACCUGCUGUCCGUUAUUUUCAGCCCUGCCCCGGCUGAUUCUCAAUUUCCUAUGUCUCCUAGCCCUAAUUAUUUAUGAAUUAGGGCUAGGAGACAAAGGAAAUAGGGAAUCAACCUAGGUUAAAAAAAUUUCACCUGAAUUUAAUUUUGACCUGUAACAUACGCACCCGUACAUUUGUCAUGUUGUCGGGUAAACUCGUCAUUUUGCUCAUGCAUUUAGAUAAGUUUUUUUCUCUUUAAAGUGAUGGUCCCCUAAAGGUAACAAAAGCCAAAAUAAUGCGGUGGAAGGGGGUGGGGAGGGGGCACCCAGACAAUGGGUGGAAAAUUGAGAACUGCAAUGAAUUAAUUAUGCCUUUUAGAGUUAGGGUUAGGAAGAACGGAAAAUGUAGGGACUUUUGUUUUUGAUCACCCAACGUGUGGGGAAAAGGUUGGGGACUACACUUAGAAACAAGACGAGAUCAGAACGAGUUCUAGACAUAUCGUGGCUUUUGCUCAUUAGGGGACUGUCAUUCUGUAGAGGAAAACAAGUAAGUGCACCAGCAAAAUGAUGAGUUUAAUAUGCCCAAAAAAAUAUUAUGGUAUGUUUGACAAAAAAGAAUGCAAAAAGUGCAAAUACUGGUCAAUAAUUGACCAUUAUUUGCACUUGUGGAUGCAUCUUUUAGAUACAAACAAUGAAUAUUGCAGUUGGGGCAUUUCUUAGUAAUUUUUUGGAUUUUAGGUAAGUACUGUAAAUUCACAUGUAAGUGAAAAGAAUACAGAAAAUAACUAAACAAAAAUUAAUGUUUUUUUGCUUGUUUUACAUUCUACAUUUGGUGUCUACAUGUACAUUUGUCAUGUUGUUGUGUAACCUCAUCUUUAUGUUUGUGCAUCCAGUUAUUUUUUUCCUCUUUAAAGUGACGGUUCCCCAAAAGUAACAAAAGCCCCUGUCAUGACAUAUCGUGGGUUGCUGACGAAUUUGUCUAUUUUGUUGUAGGCGUAUCAUGUGUAUGCCAAGAUACUCUAAUCAUGAAAAAGUCAAGAGUGUGGGAUUUUUUCUGCAGUGCAAUCCUGAGGCAGAAUCAUUGUAAGUGUGUUGGUGCUCUUCUUGUGUUUUACAUUGUCAGAUCUUGCUACAGCUAAGUUUAGAGGCUGAAUUUUUUUAUACAGUCGAACAAUGUCCAGAACAUACCCCAAAGAUCAAUAAACAGAUUAAUUCAAAAUUGAAUUGAUCAGUCAUUGCUGCUACUAGUAUGAAAUUGAAAUUCAAAUCUGCCUUGCAUCAUGCAUAAUGAAUUGUCAAUAAAUUUAUUAUUAUAAACUGCGUUGUGGUUUUGGUCAGAUUGAAAAGAGUUUUAGGCUUUUGAAUUUUAAAAAUUCAAGGAGAAAACUGAGCGGCCAGUUUUAAAUUUUAACAUCUCGCUAGUAAAUUCAUUGCAAAUUAUAAAGCCCUCGUUGUCUGGGGCAGGUACAUUGUUAUGUUGGGCAACUAACUUUUCAUUUUCUGAGCAAAAAAACAGUAUUAAAAUAUAGGCUGCUUAUGUACAGAAUGAGUGGAGCUUUUUUUCAUUCAAUUCUUAAUAAUAGAAGUCUUUACUAGAUUGCAUUUAAUUCCAGUACGUAUAUUUUAAGGAGAAUUUGUCUCAUAACCAAUAGUAUAUAUGUGGUGUGCUUUAUUAACUCAUUUGCUUUGUUUCCUUUCUUCCUAAACUUUUUUAGGGGGAAAGAUCUUUCAAAGCAUGCCAGAAUGAGCAUAAAAUUUUGCUUUUUGUGUAGGCCUGAAUUUUGGAUGCUUAUAAAGUUAUAAACAUAAGACCUUGAAUUGUGUGAUGUGUCAACAGCUUUUUGGCCAUUUUUGGUUCUUCAUAACCAGAUGUAGUGAGGGUGUUUUUCCACAAACUUCCCAGGAGUGACUGGGUAAAUAAAAGUAAGCAAGCGCACAACCAACAACGGUAACAAACGGUAACAAGAGAGUACUUUAUUCUUUAAUGCUAGAUCCAUGGUUACCACUCAGAUUGUUUGUUCUUCUAUAGAUCAUGGUCUUGUCAAGCGUCCGCAAGAUUAACACUUGUAACCCAACAGGAAGGAGGAGAGGACUUCAGCAGAAGUGAGUUUUUAUUAUUAUACAUUUAUAAACAGUGUUACAAACACAUGUUCUUAACUUUAUCGUGGACAGGUUUCAGACAAAUAAUACACUGAUUUAUUUUCACGCGCUUUUAUACAAUGUAGCUUGAUAUAAACACUUAUUUUGGUUCAAAGUUCAGGUUUUAUCGAUUGCCUUCGUGUCGUGUAGCGUACUGUUACAUGCACAGUUUUUUGUCAAAUAUCAACAAUCAAAUUAAACUGCAACUGAUGCAAAUUAUUUGAAAUGUCAUGCUUUACUCGCAGCACUUCACUUUUUACUGGAAACUACUGGUAUUACAAUGCAUCUGUCAGCACUCUGGGCCAGCACUAAUAAAAACUGAACUUUUGUGUGUCUGGUGCUCGUCACUUCCCUAAAAAACACAAUAAAAAUUGAAAAAGAAAACUGAGCAUAAAAAAAUGAACCCUUGAGGUAAAAAAUCGGCCCUCGACGCAGUAGCUUCGACCCUAGACAUGUUACCCUCGACCAUCUACAUCUCGACCAAAAUUUGGACUCAUUAAAUUCCAGGCUGUUCUAGACAGCACAAUUUCCACUUAAUUCACAAGGUGUCUGUUUGUCUGGUCUUUGUCUUAAGCUGCAAACAAACAAUGAUGUUAAGAGUAAUAGUAUACAUGUAUAUAGGACAAACCUGUUAUAUUUAGUUUGAUUUCUCUGUAAUUACUUAGAAAUUUUGGUGUCAGGAAGAUUGGGUGUGGUGUGCACCCAUGAUUGAAUGUGGUGUUUCUUUCUUAAAAGAAACCAUUUUGAUAAUGUUUCACUUUAUUGAUAUGUUUCUCUUUGUAGAAAUUUCACAUCUUUUCUUCUCCAAGGAAAAUGAUUGGGGCUUUAGUCAUUUUGUGGCAUGGAAUGUAAGUUCACAGUAAUUUUUAAUUGUAAAAAGAUUUAGAUAGUUACAAAUCUUGUACAUGUAACUUAUUUACAAAUAUAUAUAUAUAUGUGUGGUUGAAAUAAUUCUAUUGAUGCCUGCCAUUGUGGUGUGCCUUUGAAGAAUGCAUGGCCAGGGCUGUCGCUAAGUUUUCAGGUUGCUAGGUAAAUGCAACAACUAGGUGGGGAAUCAAACAGCUAGGGAUUUCUGUUGGUUCCACUUUUCUUCUAUUUUCCCAUGAAAGUAGCCGGGGGCCAUGGUCUUAGUAGCUGGGGGAAAUCCCCAGCCCCCACCUCUUUAAUGACAGCUCUGAUGGCAGUAGAAGUGGUUACAUGUAUUUCCAAUAUGAUAGUUGAGGAUUUGGAUGUGGAGUUAACAUGUUUUGAGUGAGAUUAGUAUCUAAUAAUUCCAGAUCAGUUUUGAUGCACAUUGAAUUAAUACAGGUAUUGACUGUAAAGAUGGGAGGAUUGUUUUCUUUAAGUAGACUUCUGGCUAGAAGAAGUAAGCAAAUUAGUAUGCAUUUCCCAAUGACCAUCUCUCUUUUCACACUACAUUUUUGACACAAAUUAGCUUUCCUGAAAUUUUUGCCUUGGCACUGCCUGCAAAUCAUUUUUUUCAGUAGCCCAGUGAAGGAACAAUUGUGUGCAACUACAUGUAACAGAUUCCAUCUCUUACCUGUAGGCUUUAUAUCUGUUUUCUUGUAUUUUGUACUGACUAAUAAUUAUUGUACUUACAGCAUCACAGUUUUAACUAGUUAUACAUUUGUAACUACUGAUCAGCAAGUUGAUCUAUAACUAAUCUUCUUUUGCUGUUUCUGCCCCUAUAGGAUGCUCUGGAUCCUAAUAAGGGUUUUAUAAAAGAUGACAGUAUUGUACUGGAAGUCCAUGUUGCAGCAGAAGCCCCACAUGGAGUUGCGUAAGUAUGAUUUGUACUUUGUCUGUUUUGACCAGGAGAUAAGAUUACUGUAGUAAUUUUUUUGAUCAUUAUUAUUGUAUCUAGGUUUGAGUUGAAGACCCACUUUGACCGCUGUUUAUUUUAAUAUAAGAGUGAUUGUGUUGCAGUUGUCAUGUUAUGAAGCUGAGUAUUUUGUUAGUCUGUUUUGCACACCUUUCAGUGUACAGGAGGCAGCGUGACCAAGCAGAUGAAAAUUGCAAUCCAGAGAUCCUAUCCCCCCCUUUCCUCCCUUCCUCCCCCCCCCCACAGGCAUAACCACUAGCUGGAUUUUUACUUAGUAGACCCAAGUUCAUCUCCUUGAUCUCCUUGGCUACACUAAUAACAGCCUGCUGAUUUGCCUCCAGCUAGUUGGGAUUUUUUAUUUAUUAAUGUUGUUAUGUUUCUUUCAAUAUUUGCUUCUAUCCUUAUCAGUUUUUGGGCAUCAUUGACAACAGUAAUUUUGUGCGCAACCUGUAUAUAAAGUCAUUUUUAUCUGUUUUUAAAAUGUGAUUGAACACUAAUAAUUAUUGUACGGUCUUCUCUCUGUAGAUGGGACUCCAAGAAACACACAGGGUUUGUGGGACUCAAGAAUCAAGGGGCAACAUGUUACAUGAAUUCUUUGUUGCAGACAUUAUACUUCACAAAUAAAUUAAGAAAGGUUGGACAGCUUAAUAGAUUUGCUUUAUUGUUAGUCAUUUCUGUUUACAAAAGAAAGUUUUGAUUAAUUAUAAUUUAUUAUACUGUAUUUUACUAGUUUGAAUAUUUUGUGUUGAAAUAACUUGGUUAAUAAAUUUCCUAGGCUGUGUACCAGAUGCCAACAGAAAAUGAUGACCCAAACAGAAGUGUAGCUUUUGCUCUUCAAAGAACUUUUUAUGAACUUCAACACAGGUUUGAUUAUUGUAUUGUAAGAGAGAGUUAGAAUCACAUUUAUGGCAAAAAUAAUGGCAAGCAGCAGAUUCAAACUGAAAAGUUUUCCAAAUACAUUGUGCUGUAGAAAGUAUCCAGAAGAUGAUGUUAUUAUGGAUGAAGCUAUAAUUUUUCCUUUUUGUAGGUGUAAUAAACAGGUAAUUACAUGCGGUAAAGGAACAACUUGUUUAAGUGGUACAGACUGAUGUUUUCUGUUCACCUUAAACAUGUUUCUAUAUCACUCUGUUUAUUAUCUCUGAGCAUUUGUCAUGCUGUUAUAUCCAUCAUUUCUGUCAUUAGUGGGUUAGUCAAGUUGUAGUUACUUUUUUAAUAAUCUAUUCAUGUAAAAUGUUUGGGUUUAGGCACACUGGUGUUGAUGCAGGCAGUUAACACAACUGCAGGGUAUAAUGUGCAUGUUUGGCUAAGUAAACAAAACAUCCACAGCUUUUCUAUUAUAAUUUUGUGAAUUUUUUUUUGUCGUCUGUUGUAGUGACAAAGCAGUUGGUACAAAGAAGCUGACAAGAUCAUUUGGGUAAAUUUCUCUAAACAGUAUUACAACCAAAUGUAGAUACACCUAUUUCAAUUAAGGUUGCUCCUGUGAACCAUGUUUCAUAGCCUGCAGUGCACUAUGGUAAACCCUUUUGUAGCAGGAAGUUUAGUCUUGUUCACGUUCAUUGAAAUAAUGGAGACCAUUAUUUUGUGAGAAGGCGUUCAAGAGAGCUUUCAAGUCAAAUGGCUGCUAAAAUUCUUAAGCGUGAGCGAGCUGAAGAAUGUCAUUUUUAAAAUCUCGCAGUAAGAAAUUAGAAGCUUCUUCUUUUAACAACAUUGAAUUAACAGGGUUUUACCGCCUGACUAAGCUGCUUUUCGCAUGGGCCAGAAUGCUGGUGUCAAUAAAUCAUAUCAACUGGCUAUUCUUUUUUCUAUUCAGUUUUAAAAAAAUUCAAAAAGAGAUAUUUGCGUAAAUGUUAUUUAUCGUAGUUCAUGAACAAACACCUUGAAUUUGAUAUUUUUAAACUCCAUCCAAAAUUCCCACAUGCACGAGCCAAGCAAACUCGUUGAAAAUUUGCAGGAUUUGCAUAUUACCACAGAGAAAAACCUAACCUCAAAUUACUGUCUAAGUUAAAAAGCCUAGGAUUCAGUGUUUUGCAAUACAUUGUCUUAACAUUCUGCUGACCUAGCAUAGAAGCGUCAGCGGCAUUUGCUUUCUAGGUUUCAAGGCUCAUUGCGGGUACAAAACUUACUAGACUUGCUACAGUAAUGCACCGUGGGCUAUGAAACAUGGAUCAUGCAUCAUUCUUCUCUGAAGCAACCUUAAUUGAAAUAGGUGUAUACUUGUAGUGAUUUUAUGAUGACUUGUUAUGCUAAGUAAUAGACAGAACAUAAACUAAGGCCCAGAUGCAGAUGGUAACUUAUUUGCGGAAUGUAUGAGUCCAAACUCACAGCUUGGUGAAAACAAAUAGGUCUCCAGAGGAGCACAGUUUAUGCAAAGUUACAAACAUGGAAAACUUUGUCUAAUGAUUGGCCUUCUUGUACAUUCUUCCUAACAAUAAUUUAUUUUAUUACAUGGCUAAGUCUGUUUUCCCCAUGUGAUUGGUCAAUUUGUAGUCCGUAACUUCCUAUACAGACCAAACUGUCAAGAACAAAAUUAUCAUUUUGCAGCUCUUAAUCUUAAGGUUAAAGAAAGACGUCUGUCAACCUUGAGGAAUUGGAUGUUGACUUUGUCCUUCAACAUUUUAAUCUGUGUUUAUUUGUGAAGGAAAGCAUUUAAGAAACUGAAUCAUAAUCUUAUCACAGAAGAGAAUUCUAGUCAGUGUUUGAAAAUUUUAUCGCAGUACACAGUUAAGAAGACGAAAGUCGACUGGCUUAUAAAGGGAAAACAAGCGAUUCCUUCGACAAAUACAUGUAUGAUAACAAACAUUCCUGCAAACAUACCUGCUCCAGAUCAUCUUGACAAGCUUCUUUGCCAUUUGCAAUGUUUUUCUCAAAGACCCACGAAAGAGAGAUAGAAGCAACUUCAAGUCAGACGCAAUGUCCAGUUUUCAAGACUCUAGUGUCACAUUGGCGAGCAAAUGCUUACUGUGCUCUUAGUUUUGACCAUUUAAGCUUUUUCAACAUGCACUUUGGCAAUUUCAUUUUCCUUUCAAUGAAAAGCCUUUGUGGUGUGCUAUUGUUUCCGUAAGCCAGUUAAAACUUUCCUUUUUUGAUGCCUGUCUAUCAAAUCGGUUGUCCUGCACUUGUUUCCCUUCCCCCAAACAGGAAGUCAUAUAAUAAACAUUUUGUUAGCCUCGUUUUUUUCAGUCUGUACUGUAAAUUAAGUGAUCCUUGUUUUUUUUUCAUUGAUUUAUGGCCAGUGCGCUUCUUUCUUGGGCCAUAAAUCCAUGGAAAAAAAAUCAUUCCAUAAUUUACAGUACGGACCAAAAACUUGACUAAUAAGAGUUAUUUUGGGCUUUGAGUAGCUUAUUGAUUCCCAGGCUCAAAGACUAACCUCUUUGUUAGUAUGUGCAUGCAUUGUUAAGUUUCCUGUGAUCAGAUUUAUUGGUGAAUUUUGUCUAAGUGACCCUGCUGGUUACAAUAGUCACACUGUGAAAUGCAUUCACAUGGUGACACAGAGACCUGUUAAAUUACGCUGUACAAGGAUAUUAGCUAAUCAUCCUAAUUAUAAUUAUUAUGUGAAUGUUACCCUGUAAACCUUCUUUCAAAAUUGUCAUCUUUCCUUUUUUUGAAUUCUUUUUUAGAUGGGAAACCCUGGAUAGUUUUAUGCAGCAUGAUGUUCAGGAACUUUGCCGAGUGGUAAGAUGAUUAUUUUUGUGUUUAUAGUUUCCAUGGAAACUGAAACUCUCUGAAGUGAUGUUGUAAGUCCAUAAUGUUUGCAAUGUUGGUAAAUACGAAAAACAAUAAUUUUGAAGGCCGGCUGCCAAAUACUGUUACGAUUCAGUUGAUAAACAAGGAGAGACAGUAUACUAUAUUCUAGUUGUUGUUUGUAACUUAUUACAAUGCCUGUAUAUCAAUUAAUUCUUUUCUUGUAAAAAGAAAUUUUGCAAAAAAAGGGAUUACUGUGGUCAUUAGUAUGACCUACGUAAUGUGAAAGUGAAGUGUAACCUGUUGUGUCUGAAAAAUAAGCGUGACCUGUUGUUUUAAAAAAAUUCUUUUCUGAUGCAAGAAGAAAGGUUUCAUUUUCUCUUCAGUACUUGUCAUUGGCAUGCUAUAUGACAGAAAGUUGAAGUGUAACUUGAUGCGUCUGAUAAGUAUAAAGCGUCACCUUGUCACACCGUAUUAUCUUUGACAAAACAGGUUAUGUUUCAUGCUUACAUGACAAAGCAAGGUAAUACAAAAUGUAAAAUUGCAAUAUUGCACAACAGACAUAACAAAAGCACUUGCUCUCUCUAGCAGGGUUGUCGCUAAGAUUUCAAGUUGCCGGGUAAAAACAACAAGUAGGCGGGGAAUCAAACAGCUAGGGGUUUCUUUUGGUUCUACUUUUCUUCUAUUUUCCUUUGAAAGUAGCCGGGCGCCACGUUCAUAGUAGCCAGGGGAAAUCCCCGGCCCCCGCCCCUUAAUGACAGCCCUGCUCUAGAGAGCUAUUUUUUAAUGUCUUGAUGCAAGUCAUGUCUCACCAUUUUUGUAAUGGUGCAUAAUGUUUGCACACUACAUUAUGGAUUUUCAAUGUUUUUUUAGCUAAUUGACAACAUGGAAAGCAAAAUGAAGGGGACAUGUGUAGAGGUAUGUCAGUUAUCUUCAUGUUUCAAUUAUUAAACAUCACUACAAUAACAAGGCUUGUUUGCCAUGUAAGGCACAAAAAGUUUGCCAUAAGGAAAAUUUGUACUACUAGAAAUAUGUUGUGAAAAUGAAAUAAUCAGCAUGUCAUGAGUGUGGGACAAAGAAAAAAUCUGAGUCCUUGACAGGAUUUAAACCUAUGACCUUCUGAACACUGGGCGGGCACUCUAUCAACUUGAGCUACUGAGAACUCAUGGAGAGUGAGGCCAUAUAUUAGGUUCAUAUUUGACGUGCAUCCUGCAUACUGCUAGGAUCGGCAAUCUCGAUGUUGCAUUGUGUGGUGAAAGAAAUGAAAGACGGUAAAUUUUAAGCUGGGUGAAACAAAUGUGAAAAUGAAAUAAUCAGCAUGUCAUGAGUGUGGGAGAAAGAAAAAAUCUGAGUCCUUGACAGGAUUUGAACCUAUGACCUCCCAAACACUAGGGUAGGAAAGGGUUUAUGCAUGACGUGUGAUUAGGCCCAAAUUUGUUGCAUGAAGCGUGGAAGUUCCGAGAAUAGGAACAUGCUCCGUGAAACCAGUUAUUGAUGUGAAGCGUGGUUUAUCUCAUAAGAUGUGUGGACUUGUGGAUUAUUUGUCACAUUUCAUGAAAAUCAGUGAUAUAGGAGAGAUAGAUUGAACAGGGCUGUAGGUUUCUUUCUUUACGUUACGUUUUUGAUUUGGUUAAUAAUUACUAUCUAAAGACCAGACCCUAAAACUGCCCGUGACCAGUAGUGACCUUUGGGAUUAAUUCGUCCGCUUUGGCAAUUCUCGUGUUGCUUUGUUUUCGUGUUAGGCUGGGUGAAUUGCCCUAACAAAAGGCCUUGGAGGUGACAAUCACUAUAGCCUUGGCACAGAAGGCACCGGUUUUCCUAGGGUGAAGGGAGAAGUUUUGAGGACGUGCCCUCGCUCUACGGACGAAAAGAGCAAAACUAACCAAAAAACUAACCUGUGCCUGCCAUGCAGUGGCUUCAGUCGCUAGCUAGGGGGUAAAAAGAAAUCGCAUUGGACGUGUUGAUGUGUUUUCAAUUUGAACGCAAGAUGCCUGGAAACAAAAGUUUCCUACAUCCACAACUGCUUCUUAAUGCCCUUUAACAUUGCACCACCGACAUUCUAAUGAGAGGAGAAGCGGGAAGAAACUGCGAUUGUCAAUUAAUAAAUGUGAAUUGGGAUCCACGAUGACUUUGUUUUGGUUCUUAGCCCCUUUGAUCACAGGCGGCCCAAACUCAUGUUACGAGGGAAGGGUGUAAUGUAGUUUACAUACCAUAGGUGACGCGCCGGUGUCGCGUUACAGGCGACCGUAGAAAAUAUAAGAGACUUCGUAUGCGAAAUAUAUUAUUGAGAUCUGCAAAUGCUAAAUAACGCUAAACCUUACUUUUUCUUUAGUGAAAUGAAUAAAAAAGACUUACUUGCAAUGUAUUCCACUGCAUUUUGGUGUCUGAUUGUCGUUUACUGGUUGUUUUGGCUUUAUUGCGUAACCACUGUUACUCCUUUCAUAGAACGAAGUGAAGGCUGGUCAGUUCGAUCUGUCAGGGUCCUGGACCAGUCGCAACAAGAAAGCCGUUUUUUUUGCCGAAAUUCAAAUCCACUGCAAACUUUUCAUCUCCAGCCCAAGAGAGAAACCUUUUCUUCCUCUCUGGGAGAUCAGCUCGAAAAAAGAUCCAUAAUUUCCCCAUGAAAUCGAGCCAUUUGUGCCGGACUUCGAGGCACACCUGGCUUUCGUCCUGUGCCUGUGACCACUGUCGCGCUUACCAACUAAUUGCAUUAUGACAAUUAGCACUUACACGACAGGUGCCAGGGCGGAAAUGACACGUCAACUAGGCUCUUGCACUGUGAAGAAGCGAAUGCUUGCACCCGUUGUGUAAGUGCUAAUUGUCAUAAUGCAAAUUAGUUGGUAAGCACGACAGUUUGAAGCUGGUGGAGAUGUAUUUAUCAUCCAUUCUUAGAUACAUUUAAGGAAAAUAAGCUAAAAGGCAUAUUUUAAGGCCAUUUUGCAUUAUUUGGUUCAACGGCCAAUCGAUGUAUGGAGGUGAAACCAGUCUUUGACCCAUCUGGUCACAUUGGCAGGGAAAGAACCAAUUUAUUGAGAGUUUGCCUUCGUGUAACUUGAAUUUCAGGGAAAAGCAAGGUUUUGAUUGUAAACACACUUCCGACAAACAAACAUAUCCCGCAACCUAUGAAGUCAUAAAAUUAUCUGUGAAGUGAGACAGCAUCUUUUUAGAGUUUGUUUAUGGUUUGUUGCUAGGUGACUGUGGCUACCAAGGAGAUAUAUAUGAGCCUGUAGUUAAUUUUUUUACCUCAGGUAAUUUUUCUUUUUCUUUUGUUUCAACUUCAUUAGCAUACAUUACCAUACCCAAAAACAAAAGAAAAACAAAAAGUACCUGACAUAAAAAAUUAACUACAACAUAAAAUUAUACAUACUCAACUCAUGUCUAGGGUCAUACGUGAUCACAAACCCUGCUAUCGCAAGGAAUAACAAUUUAGCUAGCCGUGGGCUCUCUUACCCUGUAAAUUUGGUGAAGUCAAAAACACGAAUAGGUCAUUACAUGUACCAGGGUUCCAACUGAGGACACAUCUUUUCUUUCAAUAGUAACAACAAAAACUGUUUAGAAAUAUUUUAUUUAGUAUUGAGGCACUUGAGGUAAAAGAGUAGUGUCAUAAGAAAAAAAAAUCAGUCAUUUUCAGUGUUGUUAUCACUUGCUUAUUUUUGAUAUGUAUGUACAUUUAAAUAUCACUGUAUUAUGUUCAACAUGUUGACUGAAUUAAUUUUUCAGGGCACAAUUCCCAGAUUACUAGAAGGAAAAAUGUUGGUGAGUACGGUUUUGUGAUUUUUUGCAAUUUUGUUUUGUUCUUUGUAGGAAAACUCUUUCUCAACUUAUUUUCCUUCCCAUAUAUUUUUUUUUAAUUGCACUUGUUUUCUUUUGAUAGUCCUAUAUCAGAUGUACAAAUGUAGACUAUGUAUCACAGAGGUAAGCAAAGUAUUUUUAAAAUUAGGCAAGUAACAAAAGUGGCCAUAACAAAAGGAGACCUCUGGUGUAAAGUUUUGCUUGAGACCUCCCUCAAAAGUUUCCUUUUAACCUAUUCCUCAGGCAGUUGGUGUGGUAAAGAAUGAUGUUCUUACUGUACAUUCUGCCUGAUUGCUCCAACUCUUUGUGUUGCAUUAUACACGCAUCUAGACUUCUAUAACCAUGCAAAAAAAAUAUGUAGCGAAUUCCCAAGGUAUUCUCAAAAUUCUAAAACUACCCAAGGUACUACAGGUACUUCAGUUGCUAUCAAAAAUUGCAGUUUCUUUUAGGAGUAUCUGUAUUGUGAAAUUUGUCUUUGAUUUCAGGGAAGAACCGUUUUAUGAUAUCCAACUGAAUGUCAAAGGAAAGAAAGACAGUAAGUAAAAUAACUCCUCCAUGAAGAUUUGUACAGUGUUUUGACUGUAUUUUUGGUACUCUGUAUGUGGAGUAUUAGUAAGUGCUUGUGUGAUUAAUGGCUAAAUAUUCACCCUAAAUGGACUGACUGUGGGCCUGUUACCAUUUUUUCCUUCAAAGUACAAUAGUUACUAGACAUUUUCCUGAGCUUUUGCUCCUUGGUUUGUUCUUAUUAUUUUCAUCCCAAAAUAUUGUUGCCGGCAAAAUUAAUUUCAGUCUGAACAUAAACUUGAAACAUACACUGUUGUGACUUAGGCUAUUUGGUAGAAAACAGCUGAUUAUAAAUUGUUUGUCUGAGACAUACACCUUUUGAGCUGGUAAUUGUUUUGUUUUCCCAAUUCAGAACAUGUGAUGUUCUGCAGGGAAUACGCCUGUAAUCUUUUCGUAAAUGAGACAGUUUUCUGGGGGUAGCAUCUUGUGGUCUAAAAUGCGAAAACAAAACAUACAAGUUAACAGGUCUAUAGGAUACCUUGAUGUUACAGCUUUCUGUUACUGCUUUGCAGUUUAUGAGUCUUUUAAAGAGUAUAUUGCUGUGGAAACAUUAGAUGGUGACAAUAAGUAUGAUGCAGGGGAAUAUGGUCUUCAGGUUUGUGUCAAAUUGUUCUUAUUAUUUAUAUCGGUAUAAUUCUUUAUCAAAGGUUUCUGAUGAGGAUUUUAUUAUAGUCAAUAAGGGCGCUUUCUAAAGGUCAUUUGUGGCUGGCCAGACGGGACAAUUUUUAAAAAUUAUCCAAAAACUCAUCUCCUUUGUGCACACCAUUUGGGAAUAAACUGAUCUGGCUGGAAAGUAAAAUAGUGAAAUUCUCUUUAUGACUGCACUGGUCUGGCUAGUCAGUUCUGAUGGUAAGUGCCCUAAAUCAGAAUCUUUAGUCCUGUUAAUUUUUGUGACUUAGCAAAUGGUCCUAUAGUAACAUUCUGUCCAAGAUUACAGUUAAAUGCAUAUUUGACAACCUUUUACUCUAGCAGUCAGGAGGAAUCAUUUAAAAUUUCAAGUUUUUGUCUUUAUCAUUGUUUACUGCUGCCAAUACUAAAUUGCCUGGUGAGAUUGGUAGACACCUGACAAACAAAUCCAUUUGAGUUUUCAAGUUGUGUGUGAUAUCCAGUAGAUCAAUACUGUAAGAAUUAAAAUGAUGCUUCUUUUCAUUGCAAAGUUUAGAAAGGUUUCUUCCCCUUUAAUAAUUAUUGUCAAAGAUGUCGUGGUUACACUGUGUUACUAUACAUUUUUGUAUUCUUAUUGUCUCAUACUAGGAAGCGAAGAAGGGUGUAAUUUUUGCUAAAUUUCCUCCAGUCCUUCAUCUUCAGUUGAUGAGAUUUCAGUAUGAUCCCAUGACAGACACCAAUGUUAAAAUAAAUGACAGGUUUGUUUGCGUUAAGAUUUGUAAAUAGGUAUUAACAUUGAAUGACUGUCCACUUUCGUUUUAAGACAAAGCUCCAUUCAGCCCUGGGGGGGGGGAAGCUGUUAAAAUAAAAAAUGAAUCCCCAAAGGUUUGUUUAUACCUGCCAACUCUCACGCCUUAAGAAAACUUUCUCACGUUAAUACGCCUACCAAUUUCUCACGCCUGAUUGAAAAAUGUGAACAAAAAUUGAAUCAGACCCACGUCGAACGAAAACCAUUUUGAAUAAAUGACAAACCUUCCUCGCGAUCCAUUUUGUGGAUAAGCCCUUCGCCUUCGGCAGGGACGUCUUCGGAAGUUUGUUGUUCUUCGGAAAAAUUCAAAAAUAAAAUUAAUAAAAAUCUCACGCCUACAUCUCAGAAAAAGUUGGCAGGUAUAAUGUAGGUGUGACUCAGUAAGGGUUUCUUUGGUUUUUGACCCCUAAAAGAGACCAUACUAAGAGAGAUAUCUCAAUAAGAGCUAGACUGUUUUUUUAUUGUGCUAAAGAUGUUAACAUCAGUGUCACAGCAUUUUUUGUAAAUUUCUUUAUGCACAGCCCUACAUGAUACCUGAAUGGGCAAAUAUAGUGACUUUCCGUCCCAAAUACCCUAAGGGAGACCAUGAGCGAUGAGCAUCCCUGUCACUUGUAUAUGGGAGUCCCCUCUCGGCAUUUAGCAUUGUAAUUCAUAACCCAUGCCUAGACAACAAGAUACACCUCAGUUUUCUGAGGUUAAGUAGAGUGACUGAGUAUAAGUAAAUGAGUAUGCAUGAAAACCUGCCAUUUGAAUACGGAAGAUUAAGGCUGUUCAUAUGGCACCGGAUGAACUUUUGAUCGGUGAAAAAUUACUGUGUUUGAGUUUGCUGUUGACAUGGUACCACCUAAACUGCACAAGAAUUCAAAUGCCUAUCCGUUCAAAGUUAAUAAUAAUUUUAUUAUGAUAGAUCAGCUGAGUAUAAAAAAAACAGCUGCUAUAAACCUAUGUGCAGUAAUAAAAUUUUUCACGACUAAAAAAGUAGCGCAUAGUAAAAAAGCGGAAAGACUGAUAUAUACAAUAGAAAAAGUGCACGUUAAAAAAAAUAAAUAAAUAAAUAAAUGAGUAAGUAAAUAAAAUGAAUUAAUCUACAAUCUACGUUUAUUCUGUGUUUUGUCUUGUUCUUGCAAAUACUUAAAUGUUUUUCUUUUAAAAGAUCCUAAAGUUAGGCCAUCAGUCCGUAAUUGAUCCUUUGCUCCAGUGAAUUUAAAAGUAAACUGGCCAAUAGUGGAUUUUACUUUAGGCAGAUGAAUUUCUCGUCUAUCCCUGAAGAUCCUACCACGGUAUUCGGAUCUCAAGGUCAUAUAUAAUUUAUGACGUUGCGAAGGACAAUGCUGAUUGUUAGACAGCGUUAAGAGUCCUAGUUUGUCUAUCAUUGUUUAUGAACAAGUCAGGUAGUUUGCCCUUAAGAUAGUCCUCAUAGACUUGUUUUAUAAUCGUCUUAAAAAAUCAGAUUUUUUGUUGGAGCAGGAUCCUUAUAUAAUGGUAAUACAACCGUAAUCUAAAAUAGGUAAAAUUGUCGCUUUAUAAAUCUUCAGAAGGGUAGUUGUAUCCAGAAAGGACAAUAUCCUAUUCAGCAGCUUAACUUUAGGGUAGACUCUCGAGACGACAUAAAUGUUCCACGAUUACGAUUCGUCUACUAUCACACCGAGGUUCUUAAAGGAUCUCUUCUGCUCUAGAAUCGAAUCACCGUAAGGUAUACGCACAUCUCUGGCCGUUUUUACGGCUCUGUGUGAUGCAAUAACCAUUGACACUGUCUCUUUCGUGUUACCAAGAAGAUCGUUAUUAGAGAACCACUAGUUAAUACUUUUGAGAUCCUCAUUAAGUCUGUACUCGGCCUCGCCAACGACUUUGGAACCGAUUCGAAUGUCGGUAUCGUCGGCGAAUAACGCAACAUCAGAAUUGUGAAAUGCUUUAGAUAAUUAUGUUGUUUUUAUAUGAAUUUUAAACAAAGUUGGACCCAGGACCUACCCUUGGGGGACUCCAAACGGGAGAUGUCGAAGCUUAGAAGCGGAUCUCUACAUACAACAAAUUGAGAUCCGCCUAACAGGUAGCUAUUAAACCACUGAGGAGCGUUCCCUUUAAUACCAUAAGAUUCAAGUUUGGCAAGCAGUAUAUCGUGCCUGAUGACAUCAAACGCUUUUUCUUAAGUCUAGAAAAACGCAAACAGACUUUAGACCAUCGUCGAUGGCAAACUUCUAAGAGUCUACUACUUGGAGCAAUGCCACUGUCGUUGAAGAAAACUUGGAGUAGGCGAAUUGAUGCUGUUCUAUGAGACCGACCUCGCGUGCAAAAUUUCGUAAGUCGGUGUUAAAAGUUCCGUGAGAAGAUAGUGAAAACAUUGAACAAACCUCUGUUAAUGAAGCGUCUGGCGAAACUUUGCAUCCGGUCGAAAAUUUGUCUGGUGCCCUGUAAACGUAGCCUUACUGCCCAUAACUUUUUAGGGACAUCAAAAAAAGGAAAAAGCUUGUCAAAAAUGAUGAAUAAAUAGUAUUCUUGAAGAAUUCAAUGCAUAAGUUUGCUCUAUAUUUUUGUAGCAAUUUGCAUCUGAUACUUAAUGUCUGUCACAGUGAUGAUCCCCUUUAUUUUAUAUUCACAGAUAGGUCACUGUGUUUUGCGAGGUUUGUUUUGUUGAAAAAGUUUUGUCAUCCUUGUUAAAAUUUCAGAUGUGAAUUUAUGGAGAAGCUCAAUUUAAAUCAAUUUCUUCAAGACCCUGCAGAGCAUUUAGGACAUUAUACAUUACAUGCUGUUCUUGUACAUAGUGGUAAGUGCAGAGCAUCUUUUAUUGUGGGGAAAAAAGACCAAAAACACAAAUUAAAUCAGUUGCUGCAUGUCUGCAUGUUACCCUAUAGUUUUCACUGUUCCUUUAGAAUGAGUAAAUAUAAUAUGUCAGAAGGAUUUCCAGAAUUUCUCACUUCAUACAAAAUGUAUUCACGUUUAAUUUUACUUUAAACAAGUGCUAUGCAACUAUACCACUUAAUUCACACUACACUAUGCCAAUACACCGUAAUAAUGCAUGUAAGCCUGUUAACCCAGCCUGGACAGAGUGUAGGUAUAAAUUUUAACAGUUGAGGGUUGAUUAUCACAUUUACGGUGAGGUACGUUUUUUUACAUCUGCCUUGGAACUGAAGUGUACAACUGCACGUGAUUUUUUGGGGUUGCAACUGUUGAUUAUUGAUGCAAUUUUGGUCUGCAAAAACUACAUCUUUUUCUUGUGAACUGUCGUCCUUUGCGUCACUGACAGACGUUUGUGUUGAGUGAAAGUUGUCUUUUGUUGUGAUUCUGCUUUCAUGGCGUAAAUCUUCGUUUUGGAGCAUGUCACUGGGCAAGUUUCUCUGGUAGGGCCUCCUAGUAUAAUUCUGGCCUGGUUGUUUACGAAUCUUUCCCCAUACCAUGCAUAAAAUUCGUCAUUCUUCUGUCUUAAAUACAUGUACCACUACAAACUAGAUCCAAGUUCAUUUAACAAUAUUUGCUGUAAUGAUAAUGUGCUGUGUCUUCUCAAUAACAGGAGAUAAUCAUGGUGGACAUUAUGUGGUCUACGUUAACCCGAAGGGUGAUGGAAGGGUAAGCCGCUGACUUCUGUAUCUUUAUUAUUCCUUGUCUUGUUCAAAAACAUCAACAACAGCAUAACAAUGUACAGUAUGUUUAUGUGUAACAAUAGCAGAGGUAAAAAUAAUAGUUGAAAUUGUAGAGAUUUUUUAGAAUUUUAAAUGUUGUAAUGCUGAUAGGAGUAUCAACAUUGACAUUUUCAUUGAGUAGUUAGUACGGCAUUGUUGUUAAGAAACUGUGCUCUAGUCUCCAGUUUUCUUUUUUUUCUUGGAGAGGCGGGGGAUGGGGAUAGUGCUUAUUGUUAAGGUGUGAUCCUCUCCAGUUCUUUUUCUGGGAAUUCUCAGCCAUGUCUCAGCAGCAAUCCCGCAAUAGCAAUAGCAAUAGCAAUCCCGCUUAGAGACGUAACACUUUCCGCAAGACAGCGGCAGUACAUGCCAAUCUCUUCAGUUGUCUUUCAGCAGUAGCAGGAUGACGGGCCUGUGCUGCUGCUCCACAAGACACCUGCCGGACGCGACAACUUCGCUGUUCGCUCAAGUCCCGUUGACGUCCUUGGAGUAAACUUCAAUAUUCCACAUUUUCUCAUUAAAAAAUGAGGUUGCGCUUUAAGGUUUCCACGAACCAGUAGGUUUAUCGUGCCGCCAUCACUAGACAGACUGCUAACCAAAGCUCAGCGAAUUCCAUCUACCCUCGUCAAGGUAGUCUAUACCGCGCUAGACUCCAACCUGGCAUUUUCCUUUUUUGGUAGAGGGGGACCCAUGUCCAUUUACCAUAUCUUCGCGGGCAAUCGUAACCCUGACUGAGCUUUUUAGGGGUGCUGUUAAUACAGGCGUAUGCUCCGUUUAAGUAAAUACAGUAAAUGCCAUAUUUCUGAUAUAGUCAUGUUUUCAAAUUUUAGUGGUGCAAAUUUGAUGACGAUGUUGUAUCAUUGGUAAGUGCGUAGUAGGGUGAAUUUACUGCCCUUUCAUGAGUGUGUCAAUCUUUUUAGGAUUCCUCUCUCACAUACAAUACCUCAGAAGAUCGCCUUUUCUCUCUUUUGCUGCUUUGGCGAUGUUGAUCUCUAAUCUUACACUCGUUACGCUUAUUUUCACGUCUCUUAUUUAUGGGUGCGCUUGUAUUGUUGUAUUCUUCUAUUAUAAAAAUGCAAAGAAAAAUUUUAGGGAAUCCCUUCUAUAAGAAUUUCUGAGUGAGUGACACCUCGCGAGCUUAACUAUGAUGGUAACAAGAACUUUAUAAAGAUAUUUGGAUUUAUGAGCAAAAGAGCAGAUCUGCACGUGAAUUAUACUAGGCAGCUUGAGCAAAGACGUUUUUGAGCGACGCACGUCAACUGGAAGUAAGCCUUUUUCUCUUUCACUAUGCCUUGACGCUACAAAGUUGUAUUGCUUAGUGUUUUUUAUUCUUAUAGAGACGAUUUACCCAAACAUUUGAUCAAAAUCACAGCUCACGACUGCCAAAAGUUCACUUCCGGCAGUUGACGUUCAUCACUCUUAAAACGUAUUGGCACAUUUCUCUGAAGUCUACUUCACGACUGCGACGUGAAACGCAACGUUUUAUGAAGGAGCUAAGCACACGACUGGAUGACGAGUUUCCCUUUCUGUUUUUGAUCAUGGAUACAGUCCUCAAGCAUCCAUCCCCCGGAGGAUUCGUUCACUUGUAACAAAUUGAGUGGGGCUAAAUAACCGGACAUUAAUAGAGCUAUGGGCAAAUUCAUAUUUAGUGACGUUUUCACUGCUGUAUUCGUCGUGGUUGUCUGCACCUGUAGGUUGGAAUGUGAUAAUAACAAUGAUACUGAACUUAAUUUUUGUUUCAUUAUAUCAGGCUACCAAAAAAGAAGCAAUUGACAAUAACUUUGGAGGAUAUGAGGUACAGUAUACAGCAAAUAUAUACUGACAGUUUUCUCGGAGUUGGUUAUGAUUAUAAAAUUAAAAGGUACAAGGAUGGUGCGCAACUCCAUUAGGUUUUGCUCCACGUCAUCAGCCCGGCCAUCACUCUAUCUUAUUGCCACUUUUUAGUACCAAAAUGACGCAUUUUUUAGCGAUAUUUAAAAUUCUAUUUCAGACAGAACGAGCAUCUUUAUUUGUUACUAUCUGAUCCAUGUAUUGUUGUUUUGCAGGAUGACAUAACUGUAAAACACUGUACAAAUGCGUACAUGUUAGUUUACAUCAGAGACAGUGAAAUGAGUAAGUACCACAGCAUAUUAUACCAGUAAUCAACCGAGUAGAAUUUUAUUACAUUUUGUUUUUGUUUUUGCGUGACAACUAAUACCAGUGGAAGUACAUGUAGCUAGCGACAUGCUGCAUGCAGGCUACAAGUUAAAGAGAGAAAGGGAACUUUCUUCAGUUCUAUUUUCAGCAGCAUCAAGGGCCGCAGUCUGUAUUUUUUCGGUCACCGGUCGUUUCGAUGUAAGUCGUAAUCUUUCGCCCGAUUUAAUAGCGCGGAAAGAAGGACGACAUCUCGCGAAUUCGUCACUCGCGCUGUCGCUUCGUGGCCUAAAAAGCUCGCCUUGCUCGCUUUGACUCGUGAGGUCCGGUGGCAAGUCUAAUUCAGUCGAAGUGUAAAUAGUUUACUUGGCUUAGAGAGUGUACUUGGCUUAGAGAGCGAGGAAUGUUUUUCUUGUUCACGUGCAAACUAUGUGUGAUGCGAUCGAAAUUGUUGUACAGUUUCACUGUUUGAGUUCGUAUCGAAACGACCGGUUUGCGUGGAUUCAAUUCACGCUCUUCGACGUCUGUAACAAGAAAAAUCUUAGCGUAUGUAAUGCUUUGACACUGCACGACGCCACUUUGCCUACUGGAAUCAGACAGUGAGAAUAUUCUCAGGUCUAUUCAUGACUUGUGGCCUGUUUGGUAACGUUCACAUAAAAAGGAGGAACCUUAAGCAUCGACGACAAUGAACUGCACCGUGAAAAGACUGGGUCGUGAACGUCGUUCACGGUCGGAAAAUUCGAGAGUUAAGCGCUCGCUUGCUGUGGACAACGAGUUUUCCAUGUAAACAAAGGAAAUGCGAAUGAACGAAGUAUUAAAAAAUGUCUUUUCACGAUCUGCCCUAAACGUUGUAUAGCGCUUUGCCUGUGUUCCUCUCGAGCUGCUCCUUCUUCCUUUUCUUUUUUCUCCUCUUCGGAGCUUUUUUCGUCGCCCAACUUUUCCUGUCAAUUAUCUCUUCGAGAGUUCGGUCUCUAAUUCGCAAGUGAUUCCAGUGGCAUUUUCUUCUUGGCCUAUUUUCGCUUUAUGCUUGGUAAUCAGCAAGGUCGGCAGUCUGUUUCUCAUGGAUCUUUUAUUGACUUUGAUUUUCGGAUGAUCAAGGCCACUCAGGUUUACAGCUAUCUGGUUCCAUACAUCUCUCCUUUCCUUGCUUUUAUACGGAUGUUGAUAGCCAGGGUUCCAUAUCAUAAACGCUUCUCGGCAUAACACCAAAUCAUGUUUGUCUGACCAUUCCAUCUCCUUUACGAAGAAAAAUGAAACCAACGGUUACUAAUGUUUGUCGACAAAUCACUACAGUUCUUAAAGAAAAAAGGGCAGAACAAGUUGAUUUUGCAUCUUUUUGACCUGUAAACCUUUUUGCUUCGCGAAAAGCUGGAAAACACAAACGAGAAAGUUUUGAUGCGACUCGCUGGUGCUUGUUUGCGAAGACCUGUAUCAAUCGAUUUUCUGGCGUUUUUAGUACAAAAAUACAAAGAAAAUAUACGUUGAAACUCGAAUACGCAGUUGAGAUGAAAUUUCUUUCAGGAAAGUGGAUUUAAGGGGUAAAAAUACGAGUAAAUUUAGGGACUGGUCAAAAAGUAUAGGCGGGGGUGGGCCGGAGCAGAGAGGGGGUGGGUCAUGAGGUUUUGAGCCUUGUGCAAGGGGUGGGUCGUGCAAUUUGCGGCUACUCUUAGGGGGUGGGUCACCCUAUUUUAUUACAUAGAUAAGCACUAACUACUAACAAGACAGUUGACCACACUUGUUAUAUAAAACACAGCCAGCUGGAAUUAAUCCACAUAUGUGAAUGUUAACUUUUAACGUUGUCCUGGGGUACCAGGGCCUACUAUUCUGAGACUAUUCUGAGACUUCAAGUUUGUUUUUUUUUUUUCAAUCCGACCGACCGACCCAAUAUCAGGAAACGCAUUCGACGGUAAACGAAGAGAAAAAAGGGGAUGGCCUUCGAGGAAACCAAACAUCCAUGUUUUAACUAGGGGGUGGGUCAUGCAAUUUCCAACCUUGCUUUAGGGGUGGGUCAGUCAUUUUUGUGCCGAUAGGAGGGGGUGGGUCAUGUGUUUUUUAUCAACCACAUUUCCAAAUGCUCCGCUCCCCCCCAUACUUUUUGACCAGUCCCUUACUCACGUUCACUCCUGGACGCCAAACCACGGGUUUUCACGUUCUCGGCAACAUGUGGACGACGAGCCGUGCGUGUGCAGUAGCGUUCAACUGGCCUCGGCCACUUCUGAUAGGUCGUCGUUGUCCCAUUCGUCGUCAAUGCUUAAGGUCCGUAGUGAAGGGAGUGAACAAAUCAGGUGUAAUGUGAUUAAUAUGGACAGCUAUUUAAGUUGGCAAGGCUUGGUAAAAAAGUGAACUCUUCGAUGGGAAACGCCGUUAUUAUUACUUACAAAACUGAUUUCGAAGGCAAAACACAAAGCUGGCUUCUGCCUGUGAUAAGUCAGAAUUAUGUGAAUAGUAUAACUUAGGCUUGGUUUUGAAGGGAUAGAGAGAAUGAAAGAAACGGUGCCAAUUUCAUCCCUCGCACGCAGCCCGGCAAUGUAUGAAUUAUAAGAACCGUGUGUUGGUAUGAGAUGUAAGCAUAUACCUUUGGACACGUUUAAGGUUGAUUCUGGUUUUCAUUUGCUCGUUACGAUCACUACUGCCUUAGACUACGAGCAGUCUCUCUUUUUUCUUGGUCCGUCGAGCAAAACGCCCGUGACACGCAAAUGACCAUGCGCGUGACUGAAGGCGCGAUACGGGAGCCCUCGUUUCUCGUGUCUCGCGGCUUCGCUGCUCAACGCUCGCGCGCGCGUGCACUCCCCUUACUAAAUCUGAAGAAAAAUAGCGACUGCUCGCAGUCUACUACUGCCUCUCCGAAUAAUUACGACCAAAUCGUCGGUAGUGACUAUAUGAAAACCACCCUUGAAAUAGACUGAAGUGAAUUCCGUCCCAGCGACCGUUGUCGGAGACGUCGCUGUGAUCGCUACUAUCUCUGAAAAGGCACUGACGAUCUGACUGGUCGUAGUGUUUAUUUGAAAACUGGUCUUGAAAGUGUGUCGCAGGCAUCACUUUUAUCCGGCCGUGAAGAGUUAUUUUCAUAUAAUCGCGGUCGCUGAACGUUCAGUUUAAGGGAACGUCAGUGAUGGAAACCAGCUAAUGUAUUUGUACGCGUGAUUUAUGUUUCUCUUAUUUUAUGGUACAUUUACAGGGGAUAUUUUAGAGGAUGUAGAUGAGAGUUUAAUUCCCGAGACACUUGUACAGAGAUUACAGGAGGAAAAGUAAGAAACGUAACUUAACUUUAAUUGCCCAUUUCUGUGCUCUAACAUGAGGUCUGGGCACAACCAUUCAUACAAAACUGAGUUUCAUUUGUGUGUGAAUGAAAACAUAUUUUCAAACUGUAUUAAGGUAUCAUCCACCCUCAAACACCGUCCUCACGUUGAUCGGCGCUAGCGCUUUUGUUUUCAAUAAAUACCCCCAUAAACCGUACAUUUUCUGAAAGCUUAAUAGUUCCAGGUUAUUGCUUAUUCCUUUUAAAAAAUCCAAAUAUUAACGUGACUCAAAAAUGAGAAACUUUUUGUGAAUGUGGUUGUCACGGUGAAUUUAAGUCCUGGCCAGCCAAAAGUAAACGGAAUAAGCCAAUUAAGAUCGCAUUCGCUUCUUAACACGUUUGACAAAAAAACCGUGUCUCAGAUUUUUGUCUAGUGCGUUUAUUCUUUCGUUAUAAGUAUUUGAAGUUAGAGAUAGCAAAUCAUUGGCACUACCUGUGGAAAAAUACUUCAAGUCGAAACGAAAAAAGAAAUCAAAAUUCGCAGAGACGGUUUUUUAGAAAAACUAUCUGACAGCCGGUAAGUUGGCCAAAUUUCAACCAAAUUGGUUCACGGGUUGCCGACUUGGAGUUCAAAACGUACCCUCAACUUGCCCUGAUUUUCAUUUCGAGAAAGCUGGGGAAAUGAUUUUUGGCGGCCGUUUUUCUCUCGCUCGCUUUUUGCUGUUCGCCCGCUUUUUUUCGGUCAUCUGCACCGACCGAGAGCCCAGCGCGGACUAACUUAAUACAGGUUUCAUUGUAAUUGUUUUUGGCCGGGGGUUGGUUUUCAGGAGACUCGAAGCACAAAGAAGAAAGGAAAGGCAAGAGGCGCACUUAUACAUGACUGUAGACGUAAGUUGAAAGGCUUUUUGUAUUUACAAAUAUAUUUCUGGCUUUUGCUGCCUUUUUUAUUUCUUUUUGAGGGAGUAGGAAAAUCGCAGUUAAUCAUAGAAGUUUAUUCAUCGGCUGACCAGUAACAAAAAGGAUUUAUGAAAGUUACAAUGUAUAUUUGAUAGUCUAGUAUUUCUCCUACCAUAAUUAUGAGGUUUAAAUUGUUAGACUUUAUUUCGGUUUUUAUCAGGUUGUCACCGAAGACCAGUUUGCUGGACACCAAGGAUCUGAUCUCUUUGACAUGGAGAAAACCAAACCAAAGUUAGUUUUUACUGAUAAUAAAUAAAGGUGUUUCAGAACAAGCAUGGUUAAAGCUAGCACAAUGACAGUGGUUACGAUACAUGCAGGACUUGUUCUGCUGUUUCACUACGAUUCACCCCAGAGGCAGAGUUAAGUGGCCAGGGGCUCGUUUCUUAAAAUUUCCGAUGAUUAACGGGCCCGGCGGAGAGCUGUUGUUGUUUUCACCAGCUCGCUAGACAACAACGAUCCUCAACAAUUUUUCUCUCUGUGUUGACUUUGCUGGAUCGCGUGCUGCUGCUGUUUUUGGUCAAUUCUGUGUUUAAGUCAUUACUUUGUGCCUUUACCCAUACACGAAAUGUUCCUGUAGAGUUAUGAAGAGGAUAUCAAACAAGUUUUAUCACUUACCACUGAACAUAAUAUGUUUUGGUAAUCAUUAAAACGUAGAAAAAAAUGGCGCAUGGUUUUCAAGUUUCCAUCCAUGCCCAUUCCUGCCAUCCGUAGCAAUGACAUGAAACAGUUUCAAUGCCUAAUGUAGUCUUGGAUAAUAAAACUGGACCAUUGUAAUCUAAAUGUUGCACAGACACGUUGUCGCCUUUCAAAAAGAGUUAUAGCAAACAGCAUGACGUAGCCCUUUCGACCUUUCUAUCAGAUUGAGUGGACCUGUUGUUGCUUCUGUUCACGCCCGCGAAUAAGUCGGAUAUGCGUUUAAGAGUUCUUCACGUUAUUUUCAUUUGAGUUCCUUUAAAUCUCUUCGAUUGGUCAGUGAGGAAGUUAUAGCUUUCCUGUCCUAUGAAACUGUCCACCAUUAAUAUGUGUUGCCCCUAUCGACUAGCUAGAGGUAUUUAUGGGGUACUUAUUCUUUUUCUGUGAUUAUUAUAUUAAAGCUGUUUUGUUGAAUAAUUGGUCACUCAUGACUGUGUACCUCCUUUGGGCUCUCUAGGAAUUGCCCUUCCAAAUGUAACCAGUUUGGUAGGUUUUUUCAAAUGUUCUUUUUUACUGUUUGUAGGAGUUUCAAAGUUCUAAAAUCAAAGAAACUUCACGAAGUAUUGGAUAUCCUGGCCGAGGGUUUGGUGAGAAAAAAAAAAUUAUUGUGUACUAUAUUUCCACACAAGUUGUCGAGGAAAUGGGAGGUGAUGAUGUGUUUUUGUUGUUCUUACUGACAGGGCUAUCCAGUUAAUCAAAUCAGGCCGUGGCCUCUUCAGCCACGAAGUAAUGGUACAACAAGACCCAGCUUAUUAGACAUAGAAGCUAACUUCGACAAGACUGUAAGUUCAGUUGAGAUGCCUUAAGAUACACUUUUUGGAUUAAGAAUUUCCUUUAUUAAUAACCUGGUUUUAAAACUCAAAGAAACACACUAAGGAGGAUAAUCAAACGUUCCUGUUUGUAAUACAAACGUCUAUAUUAAAUAAGGCUGUUCGUGCAUUCCUUGUGACAUCGCAUGCCCUCAUCUGAGGAUUUGUUGAGCUUUUUAGGCGUUUGAUAUUCCAUAGAACUGAGUUACCUUCUCCAACUGAGUAGUAAACUAUGAAUUUUUGUUCGUUCCUAAGAUUUCUUUUAUUUCCUUUUUAGCUGGGGCAGAUUGUUGACGGCUCUCAGUGGUUUCUCUUCGUAGAAACUGUUGAUCCUGGUAAGGUUGUGAUUCAAAGAAACGAUUCUGAUUGCCUGAAAGAAACCAAUCUGAAUGAUUUUAUUUACCAUUUCAGCUAAUGAAAACAUACACUGAUUCAGUCGUUUCCUUGUAUUUCACUUGUUUGCUAUACUUGCUUGCUACAUUUUAAGAUUUUGAAAUGCCAAACAAAAUGGCAAUGUCAUUUUAAAAACUAUAACAGUCUAUUCGUGCUGGUGUCUAAAUCUAAAUCUAAAUAUCGUUAUGUCGGCAAAAUCGUUUCGGACAUCACGCCAACUCUAAGAUAAUAAUAAAUAAAACUAUACUAGAAUAUACAAAACUAUUAAAAACUAUUAAAAAAACUAUUAAAAACUAUUAAAAAACUACUGAUAAAAAGAAAACUAAAUUAGUUUGCUUUUAAAAAUACAGAGGGAUUGGCUGGAAACAGUUUCUUCUGGAAGUUUGUUCCAUUCAGUUAUUGUCCUGGGAAAAAAAGAAAAUCUAAAAAUAUCUUGAUGUCCUUUCGGUACAAUAAAUUUAAAAUCAUGGCUUCCCCGGGUUCUCCUUUCUUUGCUUCUUAUCAAAUAAUUCCCCCAAUCCCCAUCUAGGAGGCCGUGGCACAUCUUGUAUAUAGUGGAGAGCCUUGCGUGUCUUCUCAUUGUUUCAAGUGUGUCCCACUGUAGGUCUUGCAGCAUUUCCGUCACGCUCGUUGUUCGAUCGUAAUUUCCAGUGACAAAGCGGGCUGCUUUCCGCUGUACCCUUUCUAGAGCGGCUUUAUCUUUCUGGUAAUGUGGGUCCCAUGCGCUACAGGCAUACUGGAGUUUUGGCCUCACAAGUGUCAUAUACACGGUUUCUUUCACUGACUUUGGACAAUUCCACAGAUUUCGCUUGAUAAGUCCCAAGACCUUAUUUGCCCUAGAUGUGAUUGUUUCAAUGUGUGGUGACCACCUCAUUUUGUUAUCGUGUAUAGUAGUUAACUGACAUUCAAUCUAACUUCAGUCUUUUUUUUGUCUUUAUAGAGGAUGGUAAAGUAGGCUUACCAAUGUUCGACAAGCAAAGUGAGUCUAUAAUGCUAAGCUUUGACGGGGUGGAAUUGAUUUAGAAAGAAGCUAUACCCUUGAAUCUACUACAUCCAUACGAGCACCGUGCUCUUAUUAGUUCCCUUUGCUAAUUGGCAGGUCACCUUUCAUGGCCCUACAAUUCAAAAUUCUGCAAAAAUCGCAAAUGUUGACCAAUAUUCAAGACCAUCCCCGUAUUUCACUCCAGUGAGCGUAAGCAAUAAAAGACGGUAAAGACGGCAAUCUACUUUAAGUUACUGUAUUUUGUUACCCUCACGCCUUUGAUCACAUGAAUGCGGAAAAGGUCUGUAGCCCUGCUCUCACUGAUCUUGAAAUUCUGCUCGUUUGUGUGGUGGUAAUAACGUGGAGGUCGUAUAACCAAGGAGAGCGAAAGGAAGGGCUGCACUGUACAGAGAAACAAACAGCUUUAGAUGCAAGUACGUGAUCACUGAAUGGCAGCACAAGAUGUUAUAUGGUAAAAAGCAAGAAGUUUAAUUGGACCUCUGCUUACCGCAGACACUUCUCUAUUACAGCCAGUUUUCAUAGUUCGAAAAAUACUCAGCUUGAUACUAUCCCUACUUCUUAAGGACACCUCUGUGAUUAGGACACUCAGCUAUACCUCUUUGGUGUCUGUAUUAACCCAUUCGCUCCUGGAGAUUUUGCCGAAAAACGCGUUUUGAAGCUAGUCGAGUGGUUUUCUGGUCACUGUCGUGCUAUAAAGAGCUAAAACUUACCACAAACCGGUUUACAGGUCGUACACUUGGCGGCCUUCUGAUCCAGAUGCAAAAUAUCAGCUUGCGAAGUUCGGGCAUGCGCAGAAAGCAAAAUUUCGACAUUUCGACAGCAGUCUUGACUUUUACUUUUCGCUUUCUCUCCUCCCUUCUUUUUUCGCUUUUCUUGCCUCAUUUUUUUUUCUCUUGCUGGGCAUUUAGUAGGCUUCAUUUUGGUGGGAAGAGUUUUUAGGAAAGCUUUUAGGAUCUUAGGAUUAGGUGAAAGGAAAGGUAGGUGGGUAAUGGCACAAGAUUUUCAUGGAGAUUUUCAGGUCCUUGUCACGUGGUUUUUUGCUUCUUUCUCCGGUGUCCUUGACUGAAUUGUGCUCAUUCUGGUAUGGUUUGAAAGAUCUCUUCACUCUGCACAAGUUAGCGAAGAAAGUUGUCCUUGACCGUUAAAACUGAUGACGUCACAAAGGGUAGAAAGGACCUGGAUCCGCACGGGCGGUUACGGGCGGUUUAGGGGCGAAUGGGUUAAUGAGGUUUCACGUAACUUUACGUGUCUCUGUGACCUACUAUGUUAGUAAGGAUAAGUAAGUAACGUUUCUCAUUACAGCUCAGCUUUGUUUUUUUUUGCUACAGAUGACGUGUUGUUAUUCUUCAAACACUACGAUCCGAAACAGAAAACUCUAGCGUGUGUGGGGCAUUUAUACACUCCUUUAUCUACGAAGUUUGGUAAGCUAAAGAAACUGAAGUGUGAUAAUCACGUGAUGUUGUGGCUCGUGUUGUUUAGCUAGACUUUUUUUGUCCUGUCAUGCACCAAAAGCCAGUGAGGCCGGAAUGUUUUCACGCGCAGUUUUAACAAAUCUUGGCGUCCAGAGCAGAUUGUUAGCAAGGUGUACUGUUAUUGAGGAGUCUUUGAUAUCAAUUUGUUAGAUUUCUCAGUCCUUUUGUGGUGCUUGGGUUUAUUGUCAUUUGCAAUAGGCUUAGGCUAUUUCCACACUAGGCAGUCUAAAGUCGCGAACUUCAGCGUCUUCAGCUUUCCUCCACAGGUUAACUAUCGUAAAUGGAUAUUUUCAUUUAUGGUCUCCAGAUUGAAUCGUAAUAUCACUUAAGUAUCGUUAAUCUUAUGGUGUGAACUCGUGCGGAUAUAUCCUGAAGCCGCUGAUGACAUGUUUGUUCCCAACAUAGGCAUAAAAUAAACGAUAUUUCAAAUUGUCAUUCACGGGUAGAAGCUGUUUACGAUUAACAUUACUUAUUCUGGUGCUUCUUAGUUGAUGUCGUUCCAGCGCUGUGUGAGAGAGCAGGUUUGUCUCAGGGAACACCGAUAGCCAUGUUUGAGGUGAGAUACUGCUACCUACCACACAAUCUGCUUGACUAGGGAACAUUUUCACAUCAUUGUCUUUUCUUCUUAUUAUAAUGUCUCAUGUAAUUGAAUUGUUGCAUUUUAGUUUUCUAAACGAUGCAGUGAGUAGAUAUAUUUUAUAUUUUAUUCUGAUUCACAGGAAAUAAAAGCCACCUACGUAGAACAAAUAAAAGACUUGAAUGUUACCUUUGAACGGGUGAGUUUUUAAGCUGAGUUAAAUAACUAGACUGAGAGUUUCUCUGCAAAACUCAAGAAGUGUUGCCCAUAUCACACUUUGUUUUUAGAUCGUCACUUGGUUGUAGUCAUAUUCAGAUUUCUUUUCUUUGUUGCUCUUGGCGAAUCUGAACAUUAUAUGAGUUCACACUAGUCACUAAGUCGGUCUUAAGCAGACUUAGCCCAAGUCAACCUAAGUCAGUCUAAGAACGCUUUGUCGUUCAGAUGGAAAAAAUCCUUUCCAUGCCAACCUGUCAAGUAUUGUUAUGAUAAGCGAUACAUUUGAUUUACUGUCACGCAUAUCUUGGUUUCUUUUAAAAUUGCGAAAGCAACACGAGGAGAUCUUUCUCUAGCUUUUUUUUGGCUUUACCUAAACACAAACACUGACAGAGAUUCAAUUGAAAAUGAGACUGAGAGGCCGUAAGAUUGCCAUAAUUUCCGCAGUGGUGUUCUUGCUUAAUUUGCAAAAGAUAGUCAGUGAAAUAACACUGCGAAAUCCCAUGUUUCUCCGUGAGAUAAUGAUUGACGAUUUUUCAUAUGAGUGUGAAAACCUCUUAUUUCUCACUUGCCUUCCGAUGAGAACUCGGCGAAGACAAGGAUGGCCCACAAGAAGAAGAACUUGGGUCUGGCCAAGACCUCAGAAUUGGUUUGAUACUCUUCUCGCAUCCCGCUAGCUGGACAUCCCCUAGAAACCGAAUUGUCGAAUGGAAAGCGAAAAAUUUGAGGAACUGAGCCGUAUUCUUCGUGGUGAUGUAGUGAAAUAAGAAAGACGAAUGCGAAAGCCUGUAUCUUUGGAAAGGCGCAUUGGUCGGUGGAGACUUUCCACCGGGAAAAGUUAUCGCUUAGGUGGAUUGCGCUUUGAUUUAGGAAAAUCUAUUGCCAAAGUAGUUUGUCAAGAGGUCGACGAAGCUUUGUACCGAAAGAAGGACUUGUUCAUUCGAUUCACUUGUGUGGCUGACGAAGUUCAAGAGGUAAUGAAUGACUUUGAAGAAGAGUGCCAUUUCCCACAAAUUGUGGGAGCAGUUGAUGGUUGCGCAUCGAAAUCAAUGCAUCACCGGGAAACAAAGAAGACUAGUUUAACAGGAAACAGUAUUACAGCAUCAACCUGCAAGGGAUAUUCAAUCCUCAGCAGCAUUAUCAGCUUUCCUGGAAGUAUCUACGUUGUAAGGGUUUUAUAGCCUGUUACCCGAGUGCAGUUAAGGCCGAUGUUGGUGGGUGACAGUGCUUAUCCCAUAAAAAAUUGAUUGAUCAAGCCUUUCUUCAACAGAGGGCACCUUUGCGAUGAGAUCAGUGGUCGAGAGAGCGUUCGGCUUGCUAAAAGGUCGCUGGAGGGCUUUACUAAAAAAAACUGAACAAAAUCACACGUCAGUGCAAAGAACCGUGACAGCAGGGUACUCUUACACAAUUUUUGCUUAGUUCAUGGGGAUGCAUUUGAUGACGACGAAAACCGCGCCCACCUGAUGACGCUGACAAUGACGACUACGACGACGACGAGGACCCAAUUGACAAUGCAUGCGCUCGUAAAGCUUUGUCAGACGUUUUUUAGUUACCCAAGGAAUUUUGUAUCUCAGUGACUUAUCUACUAGUACAUUUUGUUAUUUCUAAGAGGAUGAACAGAAGAUAGGUUAAGAAUUCAUUUAAGUUCAGUACAUAUAGUUUAUUUUUAGGAAGUAAAACCAAAAAAAACAUCGUAGUGUUAUUUCGUGAAUCAUAUAAUCACUUAUGUUACUCAAUACUUAAUCUAAAUUUUAAAAAAACAUAAUCUAUGCUUUGAAAUAAGCUUCUGCUGUCUUAACACCAAAAGGUGAUCUCUGUCAAUAGGAAUCGAAGAGUUCAACAAGAACAAAACUUGUAACUUGAAAUGUCAAAUGUCCAUUUCAUUUUGAGACGAAAUCCAUCAACAAGAGCCUUAGCUCCAUACUUUUCUCGACGCAUUCGCUCUGCUUCUCCGUUGACAAGCGCCACAUGUCACAAAUCAGUCCGUUCAUGUAGGGAUCUUCGUCUUGAUCAUCCCUUGAUGGCGUCUUUCUUUUCACGCUCAGUUGGGGUUUUUUCCGGACCUUUUUUUUUUACUUAUUUUUUCACAAGUUUCUUCCGGCUGUGGUGGGGAGUUAUCUAGGGUAGAAGUGCUAGGCUGUGAAUCUGACGUUUCCAAGUUUACUGUUGGCGAAAUGCUUCCAUCUGUCUCACCCACUACAUUUCUCGCCAUUUCGCUUGACUUUCUCUUUCCUGGGAUUACACUUGACGCACUGAUCGUCAUUCGGUCUGGCUUGAACGCAUCUCCCGAGCCCAAUAUUUCGUAUAAUUCGCUGUAGAACUUGCAGCCGGCUUGAAGUUUCUUUGCGCCCUCUUCACUUGUGGAUGCCAGUUCGUGCUUGGUGGUAUUCUUAUUCGAGGGUCUUGAUCCUCUUUUUAUCCUGUUCCAAGUUCUUGUUGGUGGUCAACCCCAGUUCUGCACUGUUACUUAAAACUUUCUUUAGGAUUUGGCUCCAUAAAGUCUUUCUUCGAGAAACAGAAACUAACUUUAAAGAUUCGUACUGGUGCACCCCAGCAAUCCAGCAGUAUGUUUGUUUCUUCUACUCCAGUCGACUCUGGGGCGAAGUAGAAUCCGUUAGCGAGUCAGAGUCCGACGCAGAAUUCAACAUAGCAGAAUAGUACGUGAAAGGCCCCAUCCGGGUUAUUCUUGGUAAUCGCUCUACGGGUCUAUAGAAGGACAGGAUAGGAAAUCCUUGAGCCUUGAGAAACAAUUAUGGACUCAACAAAAUGGCUAAACUUACUUUGAACAUGAGGAGAAGAACGUGGAAGACGGCGCCCGAAAGGAGGGAUUUUGGCUGAUAUAUUUGCCGAGCGUUUGACAGGUUUUUCUUAUUAUAACCGAUCAUGUUACUUGUAAAGCAAGCGUCAAGUGGUGUUUGUAAGAGUCUAAUGAAUGUCUUAGCCCCUUUGAGUUUACCCAUGACUUUUGCUAAGUCGACUUAAGAGGCGUCUAAGACAGAGUUAGUGGUCUAGUAUAAACCCAACUAUAUUAUACUUGGUGGGUGGGAGCUUUACUGUACGUUGAAGUAUCAGUGUUUUUAUUAACGUACUUGGGUAACUUCACGAGAGACAAGUUGCAUGAACGAUGAAGUGAUGAAUUGUUGGUCACUAUCGGACGGGCGCUAUAUCCACCGUGCUAUGGAGACACGCAUGAAGAGCAAGGCUAUUAACUAAGUUCAUGUGUAACACGCAACAAGUGAAAAAGGUCUUGAUUGUAAAAGAAAAUUAUCCUCUUUAAAACUGUAUGGAAUGUAUGCAGACGAUGAUCAGUGUAGUUCAUGCAUACUGCAGUCCCUGAUAUUAGGGUUUUAAGGAUCACUGGAGCCCAGGGCUGUUAGAGUGGGGUGCAAAAGUCAAAGAUAGAAUUCAAGUGUGUGAUUCGCAUAGCAUUGAAUAGAAGAAAUCAUGGAAGUCAUGUCAGCUGUCAGGUGCAUUAUUCAACAAAAGUCACUCACUAAAGAAUCUUAUUGUUUUGUUAACAGGGAGUGGACGAGCUCAUGGAUGGAGACAUCAUUUGUUUUCAGAGGUCUGUAGUUCUUAAUUUCUUGUUCCUUGUUAGUAAUAUCGAGAUUAAAAUACAUAUUAAAUAAUAUUUCUUGUCAUGGAUUUGUUAUCUUUGAGGUCAUAUAGACCCCAUCAUAUACCCGCCUUCACAUAAUGCAUAAAAUCUCCCGCCGUUUUAACGCCCAAAACAGCUAAACCGCAGCGCUUGUCUUUGUGUGACGUUGUUGGGUUCCUGUUUCAGUCUACUAUUUUUUCAGGGUGAGGUGAACAGCGAACAUCUCCCAAAUAUAGUUGAUGCAAGCUGUUACACGAUGAGGAAUUAAUCGGGGAAUUAAAGGAAUAUUGUCAGUAAAUGUUAAUGUUAGCUUGUUGUUCUACGCAGGUGGGAUCAAGAUCUUUUGACCACAAGUGAAUUACCAACCGUGAACGAUUAUUUCAGGUAAACUACAAGAAAGAGUUUACUUGAGCAUAAUUGAUUUAUUUCGAUCAUUGGGAUCUGUUGUAACAUGACUGUGAACUGAACAAGCUGCAUUAUGUUUUUCUGCAGAGAUCUUCACAACAGAGUUGAAGUUUUGUUUUGUGACAAGAAUGUUGCAAACGACCCAGGUUUUAGUGUUACCCUUUCGCUGAGAAUGAACUACAUGCAGGUACGGUAUUUUUGUAUCUUUGUAUCAUGCGUGUCACGUCUCUUCAUUCUUCUGUUGUUGUUUUAACAUUUCUAACAAUAAUCAAGGAUUCCGGGGUGCUUUCGACCGAUCUGGAUCCUUGGUUCUCUUUCUCCUAUGAACAGUUGGUGAUGAGGUCAUUAUCCCCUUUAAGUGUUUGGCAGAUUUCAAGAAUGUAUAUACUCUUUUUAUUAUCAUUAUUUUUUUUAUCAGGGAUACUUAUUAUGUAUGUAGGUAGUCUGUGUCGCCCAUUAGCUGUAAAGCUAAAUACUUUGACACGUGAAUAAAGUUUUCAUUCAUUCAUUCAUUCUCACCUCAAUCUGUAUCAGGGGUGUGUUCUUCUGCGUCGAACGGAUAUAGUAAACUAAGCUAGUAGGAUAUAUAUAUUCCAAGGAGAGAAUAAGAAUAAAUAAAAAUGUAAGAAAAUUGCAGGGUGGUGUUCAAAACUUUGCUUGCCGAAUCGUUAACGGUGCGAAAAAAUAUGAUCAUGCAACCCUGAGUGGACAAACUAUAUUAUCGCUUGGCUAUUAUGGCCUUCAAAUGCAUGACCGGCCAAGCCCCUGAAUAUCUUACUUCCCAAGUUAUUACGUGUGAGCAAGUUAGCAAACGAACAACUCGGAGUUGCCAAAAGCUAAACAUCCUUCUUUUUAGAACAGCCUCCGGACUGAGAACUUUUUAUUACGGGACUGUUAAGCUUUGGAACAAUGUAGAACCUUCUCUUAAAUUAAGCCAAUCUGUUCACGUUUUAAAACGUCUCCAAAGGAACCAGCUUUUAGAUAAUUUUGUAAAUGCUUGCUGGUUAAGUUUAAAAAUAUUGUAAUUAGCAAUUAGUGAAGCAUUGUAAUUAACACUAAGUUUAGUGUUGUAAUUAGUUAAAUGUAAUGCUUGUAAAUAAUGAUUGUUCCUGAUAGCCACUUUAGGGAGGAAACAAUAAAGUAUGUAUGUGAGUAUGUACGUAUAAUAAAGACAUCCUACACUGAAUAUUCAUCAGAGUAACUUUGCGUUGAUCUGUGACUGACACAACGAAAGAGUGAUAUUUGUGAUGUUGAACUGUCAGGCCAACAGACGACUGUCACCAGAACCUGCAUAACAUAAAUAUAAGAUAGGAAUAAUAUUGGUCGAUUUCCUCUCUUUUCUACAAUCCAUAGGUUGCGAAGGCUGUGUCAGCACAUCUCGAGGUUGAUCCGAUGAUGCUACAAUUUUUUAAAGGACAAGCGUAAGUCGGCGACUUUCAUUUCAGUGAAAUAAAAGAACCAUUUCUUUUGAGUGAAUACAUAAUAACGAAAAGGACACAAUUCAGUUUUCUGAAUGGCCCGGGUUUCUGCCCUACUCUUGGCUUCGGCCUGUGGCCAGUAAGAUAAACAGUAUGUUGUCUCACCUAUAUUGCAGUCAUUUAGGAACAAAUAUUACCAAUAUUUCACUUACGCAAUACCAAUAAUUCAUCCAAAUUGCAGAUAUCGCGAUGCUCCUGGAAACGCACUGCGGUGCACCUACGAGGGAACACUUCGAGAUCUGUUGAUUUAUUACAAGCCUCGUGGACCUAAGAAACUCUACUACCAAACACUUACUAUUCCUAUCGACCAACUUGAAAACAAGAGACAAUUUAAAUGUAUUUGGGUGGCCAACCAGUUUAAGGAAGAGAGAGAACUGGUGCUGUUUCCAAACAAAGACGGUUCAGUGUCAGAUCUGCUAAAUGAAGCUCGUGAACAAGUGGACUUACAGCAAAACGGCACAGGAAAACUUCGGCUUCUUGAAAUCAUUAGCUCUAAAGUGUUCAACAUUGUCGCCAACGAUGUUCCUCUUGAACAUCUCAUCAGCCAAGGUCAAAGAACGUUCAGAAUAGAAGUAAGUUUACUGAACAGUUUGUCAUUAUUAACGUCAACGUCAUCGUCAUCGUCAUCAUUAUCAUCAGGGAUUGCAGUAACUGCCACGUAGCAGGGUUAAAAAGCUCAUGACGAGCUAAAUACGGUCCCUGAACCCGUAUAUUGUCUUUGACUUGUUUUGUUUGUAGAGUUUCCAUGGGAAGGGAGGUUGCUGAGCUGGUCCUACAGGGGCGGGAAAACCUACAAUGAUUUCCAAUGCGCAGCAAUAUUUAUAACACUUUUAACAAUCCUCUCGUAACCUUUUCUCCUUCCCUUCCUGAAUUUUUCUUAAUUCUCCUCUUCUUUCUACUUUUAGUCCUUCUCUACCCCACUUUGCAUCUUCAUCAUCAAUACCAUCACUCGUGAGCUUUCUUACUAUCAAUUUUAACUGUUAGCCAACGGAAUGUUUUUCCUGACAAAAAAAUGGUGAAGAUCUACAGUUUUACCUCUUGGAUCAAAGGAUAUAAAUGUGUAACAUAGAGCAUAGAAGUUACGGAAUGCAACAAUGUCGUAAAUAGCGUUUAACUUAGCAAUUUUUUUGUCAGUACUAAAUGAGUAACAACCUUUUUCAGGAAAUUCCCGAGGAUGAAAUAGAACUAGGAAAAGAUGAAAUUUUAGUCCCAGUGGCGCACUUUAAUAAGGUAAAGCGUGUAUCAUUUUUUCCCUGUAUUUUAAGAACGUCGACGUGUUUAAAAGCUUGAUGUCACUUAACCAACCUUUCUGAAAUUUUUUUUUUUUUUUUACGUAAUUUUCUCCUUCCGGCAGGAAAUUUAUCAAACAUUUGGAACUCCGUUCUUGAUCAGAAUUACCGACGUAAGUACUAUUGUUUUUUGUUCGUAAGCAAUUCUGAAAACUUUGAAAUCCACGGUGUAAGGUAUCUUUCACGAAACUAUUAAACAAUAAAUUUAAGCUUUGUGUUAAAGUUUGCUUUUUUCAGUUUUUUUUUUCUUGUGAGAUGGUAAGUAAAGUAGUAGGAGCACUUUGAAAAUACUUUUAAGUUUGUUUAACACUUAUUGAAGGCUGCCCUUUGCUUGCAGGGAGAGACGAUAAGCAAGUUUAAGGAAAGAGUUAAAGAAAAGAUCGAUAUUCAAGAUAAGGAAUUCGAAAAGGUGAGUAGUGAAUUUUCAGUUGUAGGUUCGCACGCUCGUUGCUCGAAAGGUACAGUCUGUACACGGUGCAACGGCCUCUUUCCCUGUCCCACACGCACGAAAUUCUAAGGUACUUCGAGGAAUUAGGCGUUCAUCGUAGUCCAAACACUUAAGUUAUAUAAUUUCUAUGACUAUAUGAGUUUCCGCGCAUAUUGGUCGAAAGCUAUUAUCUCUUUUAUAUAUAGGUAAAAGAAACUACUUAACAAAUGUUAAACGGCUCAGCGUGUACUAUUGAGUUAUAUUACAGAAAACGUAUAUAUAUUCUUGCGCAACUUUUAACAAAUAGUUGGUGGUGAAGAAUAGUUGAGAGCUUUAGAUUCGAGGACGAGGACGACUACGAGUACGAAAUUUUCUCAGUACUAAGUAGUGCACGCGCGUGAGCCAUCGUCAUUUUGGCGGGAAAUCGUGGUAGCGAUUACUAGGUUCUACAUCGGGUCUUACCGAGAAUGUCGUAGUGGCGGGAACAAUUUAUCAACUGUAAGAAGUUUUAUCGUUUUGCUAUCGGGAGAGGGCUUAGCCUGUUACAGUAUAAAUACUGAAAGAACAGAGAAAGAAAAAAUAAGAACACGCGCAAAAACGUUAAGUUAACCUCGUACUCGUUCUCUUCAUCAAUUCUAAAGCUCUCUAUUUUUUUCUGAUAUAUUUUGCCCCAACAGCCGAAUCUUCUCCUGUCAUUACUAAGUUAUAGUUGCACGCGGGAGUUUGCUAAGCACGAAAGAAGAGUGAGAGUCGGACGAACGAAAGCCGAGCGCGACUCUACAGCUUCUUGAAUGCUUAGCAAUCCUCCCAAGUGCAACUAUAACUCAACAGUGCACUCCAAUAUGUAGCGCUUGGGGCUUGAGACAUUUUGUCAAUAACUUGUCUGUUUACCUUUCCAGGUUAAAUUGGCCGUCAUUCACAUGGGACGUGCCAUAUACCUCACAGAAGGUAACAAGUCUAUGAGUUGUCGUUUCGUAUUUUAAGCCUGUUAGAGAGCUGACUAUUCUCUAUUGUUAAGUCACUUGUAGUAUUUGACUCCUGAAGGUUUUCGUAUUAAGUUUUUAUGGUUUCUGCUAACCACACUUUCGCAGCUGAUUGUUUAAAUCAUUCAAACCGUGACAUAAGUGAGUGAGCUGUUAUUUUUUUCCGUUACAGAAUCAGACAAGUCUAUUUCAGUCAAAGAUUUCCUUCCACAGACACCAGGUAAUUAAGAAAAAAUGUCUUACGUGUUUUCGUAAGAUUUAAGCCUCCUAUGUUUGGUAUUACAACAGUCCAUGUUAUUAUAUGGCCCUCAAAACAAACUUCCUCCACUAAAAGUUGAUGCCGACACUGCUUUUCCAGCUCAACAGUAGAGGACUUUUUAUGAAGGGAGCCUUUUAUAUGUUUUCCUUUUCUUUCGGAUUCUCCACAUACCAAGAGCUCUUUUGAACGUCGUUGGAAGAGAGGUAUUUUUGAGUCAUUACUUUGCAACAUGCUAAGUAGACCCUAAAUUGAGACGGAAACCUCAAAAUGUUAAUUUGAAGAAAUAGAAAAACAUCACAGAAGAACACCCUCGGUACUGAGUGUCCCCCUGAUAAACGUUGGGCGGGGGUUGUUAAUAAUUAACCAACCAAGACAACAUUUUUUGUGGUAUUCUGAAUCUGCUGCAUUAUUAUUUUAAUUGUUUUCACUUUGAACUCUCACAAGUUCAGUAUUUUGUGAAAACUGUCAUCAUUGUAACUACCGAAAAAUUCCGAAAGUAAGCCCCGGGGCUUAUAUUUUUCAAAGGCCCUUUUUGAGGGGCUUAUAUUCGGAGGGGCUUAUCUACGGAGGAAAAUUUGCGUUUCAAAAUCGAUUGGGCUAGCCUUAUAGUUGGGAGUAAAUUUACCGUUUUUGCUUUGUUUUACUUUCUAUGUGAGGGCAAUUUUCCAAAUACAAGCCCCUGGGGGGCUUAUAUUUGGAGGGGCGAUUUAACGGAGGGUUUUUCGCGUUACUGGUUUGGGGGGCUUAUUUUUGGACUGGCUUAUACACGGAGGGGCUUUUCGGAAUUUUACGGUAGUUUAUACUUAUCAACCCUCUUGGUGGUCCGUCACGUUUUGAUUACUACGGUGUACUCCUGACUGUGGAGGUUGCAAAAGGGUUUGGGGACCGAGAAAAAAAGUGUCCCUUUCCCCUGAAUAUUGAUGUCCCUUUAACAGAAGUAACAGAUACAAUGGCGGUGUCCCGUUGAAUAUAGUUGUCCCAAAGGAGAGGUUCUAUUGUAAAACUAUUAAGGAUGAUUUAGGAUGGAAGAGAUUGAACAUGUUUCUAACGACAAAUUUGGCCGAAUGUUUCUAAGGUGCAAUAACCAUGACGUAGCUACCUUAAAACUUAACAUACUUGUUGCGUUUUUACGAAUAUGUUGUUAUUAUUUCUCGUACCCAGGCGCCCAGAGUAUUAGUAAACCAUGGCUUGGACUCGACCACCUAAACAAGGCUCCCAAGCGAUCACGGUAUAGCUUCCUGGAACGACCAAUCAAAAUACACAACUAAAGCAUCACAGAUUGCUUUGUUUUAAACCACAGCGAGUGUUUUUAGUGCGACUUCUAUGUGUAGAAAAUCGGUGAAAUUAAGUUAAAUAUGGAGAAAAGUGGCCGAAUAGGCAAUUCAUUGCUGGCUUGACAAUUUUGUACAUUUGUAAAGUC